AUGUCACGAACCACAACUGUUAAGAAAUAUGGCAAGCAGGCAAAGCGUUCCAAGGCAGAGCGCCUGUUCGCUGAGCUGCCUCAAAGCCCAGUACGACUACCACCAAAAGGAGAACAGAAGGACUCUAUCUCUCUUAUCACAGAGAAAGUAUCAGCAAUAAAUAUCGAAGAAGAAGAAACAACUACCAAGCGAAAAGCACGAUCAUCAAGAAGGGUUAAAGAAUCUGUUCAAGAAACAUUGGUUGAGAUUCCAGAGGACAAGGACAGCAAAAGUCUUGAAGUACCUAAGGAGGUCACCCCUGAGUCUGAGCCUGAGAAGCUCGAACCUGAACUUGAAAAAGUCGAACCUGAGCCCAGCCUUGAAGAGGUGAUCCCCUCAAGCUCCUCAAUAGACGAAGAUGAUUCUGCCGAGAUUUCAAAACUACUCCAGGCUCAGAUAGCCGAGGAGGAAGCUGCACAUCAACCACCACAACUACGCACUCUCACCUGGGACGAUGUCUGCCCCUCUGGAGACAAGAUCAUCAAGAUUGCCGAAGCUUCUUACGCUGAGGUGUAUCGAGUCACCAACGACCGCGGAACAAGCAUCAUCAAAGUCAUUCGCCUUCCAUCACCCAUCAAGCCACAGACCAAAGCUCAAGUUCGAUCCGGCUUGGUCGAUGAAGAGCCGCACCCCGAGGAAGACGUCCAAGGCGAACUGCAGAUCUCGGAAUGGCUAGCGGACAUCCCAGGAUUUGUCGUUUACAAGGAGCGCUAUGUUGUUCAGGGCAAGACAUCAAAGCAGCUUCUCGAGACACAUCAGGCAUUCCAGAAGAAGAUGAAGCGACAGGAUCCUGACCGAGCUCAGUUUUACCCUUCGCCAAGUCGAUACUUGGACGACACCCGAUUUUUGGUUGUAGAGCUUGGUGAUGCGGGAACAUCUUUGGAAGAUUGGAAGUUGACCAGUGAAAGCCAACUUUGGGAUAUCUUUUUCUUGCAGGCUAUUGCUCUGGCAAGAGCUGAGGAUCUUGUUAUGUUUGAGCAUCGCGACCUUCACGAAGGUAAUUUAUGUAUCCGCCAAGUCAAGUCACCUCGAAAGAUGGGUCCUCCAUCGGCAGGGUUCUUUGGCUAUUCGGGUCUGGAUAUCACCAUCUUAGACUAUGGUCUAUCUCGUGGAGAAGAUCUUUCCAUUGACGAUGCAAAGCCUGUAGCUUUCGAUCUUGAGAGAGAUCUUAGCCUUUUCACAAGCACACACGCAGAACAAUGUAAAGUCUACCGCCAGAUGAGGUCUUUUCUCCUGCGCGCAGACCGCACAUGUCUACCGCCAGAAGCCCACGAUACACCUUAUGCCAAGGGAAUUGACGGGCCACUAUCAUGGGAUGCCUACGCGCCGUACACAAAUGUGCUCUGGCUAGCGUAUCUGUACGAGUACCUUACUAGUCACUUCAAGGGUGAUAAGAAAGAGCUCGAGCGAUUCAAGAAAGAAACAGAAGAACUGUGGGAGUAUCUCGAUCCAGACGCUGGAGAGGACGUGCCAUGCUUCGGUUGCGCUGCUGACGUGGUUUGCUUUGCUGUCGAAGCUGGCUGGAUCCGCCAGGAGCAGCUAAAUGGGGCAGAGGAGUCGCUUGUCGAGCGGGAAGAUAGCAUCAUUGCUCCACGAGAAGAGGUCAAGGAGGUGAGCCAAGAGCCAGUGCCAGCAAGAAGGUCGACACGCAGGCGAUGA